AGAGCCAAAUGAGUAGUGCAAGCCAUCAGCUUCACCUUUUCUUCUUCCCUUUCAUGGCUCCAGGCCACAUGAUCCCGAUGAUCGACAUGGCCAAACUGUUCGCCAUGAGAGGCUGCAAGUCCACCCUCAUUGCCACCCCCUAUGACAAGUCCACUUUCAUGAAAUCCAUCGUGAAAUUCAAGGAUUUGGGCUUCGACAUCAAUGUCGUCACGGUGACAUUGCCCCUAAAGGAGGUCGGCUUGCCAGAAGACCGUGACAAUAUGAACAGGGUCACUUCGAUGGAAAUGCGCAUGCAAUUUAUGAGAGCCAUCACGAUGCUGGACCAACAGCUCGAGCUGCUGAUAGAGAAACUUGCCCCUGAUUGUUUAAUCUCCGACAUGUUCCUCCCUUGGACAAUCGAGGUCGCGGCCAAGUGCAGCAUUCCUAGGCUCGUUUUCCACGGGACAAGUGCCUUCUCUGUAGCGGGCACAGAAUGUGUAAGGCUCUAUGAGCCUCACAAGAAGGUGUCGAGCGAUUCGGAGCCCUUUGUCAUCCCCAACUUCCCAGGAGAAAUAACACUGUCCAGGAUGCAGUUGCAGGACUUCGUCAAGGUAGAGACAGAGUUUACCAAGUUCAUGGACGAGGUGAAGGAAUCGGAGAAGAGGAGCUUCGGAGUCGUCAUGAACAGCUUCUAUGAGCUUGAGCCGGCUUUCGCAGACCAUUACAGGACAUUCCUAGGGAGACGAUCCUGGUUAAUCGGCCCGUUCUCACUGUGCAAUAAGGAUACUGAGGACAAAGCACAGAGGGGCAAGCAAGCAUCCAUUGACCAACUUGAGUGCCUCCAGUGGCUUGACUCGAGGCAAACCAACUCAGUGAUCUACAUAUGCUUCGGUAGCAUGGCGAAUUUCAAUGCUGCUCAGCUUCACGAGAUCGCAGUCGGAUUAGAAGCAUCAGGGCAACAAUUCAUCUGGGUGGUAAAGAAAGACCCAAAUGUGGAAGAAGGCAAAGAAGAGUGGUUGCCUGACGGGUACGAACCGAGAAUCCGAAACAAGGGCCUCAUCAUCAGAGGCUGGGCUCCUCAGGUGCUGAUUCUCGAUCAUGAGGCAGUUGGGGGGUUCGUGACACACUGUGGCUGGAACUCGACCUUGGAGGCGAUCACGGCUGGCGUGCCAGUGGUGACGUGGCCGGUCGCAGCAGAACAAUUCUACAACGAGAAGUUUGUGACCCAAGUGCUCAAGAUCGGGUUCGACAUCGGGGUGAAAAAGUGGGCGAGGUUGUUCGGCGACAGCGUGAAGAGCGAGAGAGUGGAGGAGGCAGUGAAGAGGGUCCUGGUGGGUGAGGAAGCAGAGGAGAUGAGAAGGAGGGCGAAAGCACUUGCAGAGAUGGCAAGAGGGGCUGUGGAAGAAGGUGGGUCUUCCUGGUCUGACUUGGGCGCUCUGCUUCGAGAGCUCAGAAUGCAGAGAUCAGCUCACAACGAGGAGAUCUGAUUCAUGACCUGAAGCAACCAAUCUUGAGUUUUGCUUCUGGGGAACAAAACUAAAGAAAUAGAAACCUUCCAUUCUCACUUUCAGAGUCUGUUGUGAUGCAAAACUGGAGAGAAAUGCUGCUUGCUGUUUCUUUUCAUGGGAUAUACCCUGGGGGUGUUGUGACUUCAUUUCUUUUGAGUUGAAGGCAAAGUAUACAUGAUCUUGAAUUCUGCUGUGCCAAACAAAUUAAAGUUCGUUUCCUGGUUGCUA